ACCUACACCUCAUCUUCACCCGUUUCACUCCAAACACAGAAAUGGCGAUAAGCCUGACGAACACGUUCCUCCAAGGAAAGCCUUGUCCACCCCUUCCCAUCACCAACAAGGUGAGAGCGGUUGAGAACUACCGGCCUGUGGUGACGUGCAGGAAGAAGGAUAUACACCCGCAGUUCCACGAGGACGCAAAGGUGUACUGCAAUGGAGAGCUGGUGAUGACCACGGGCGGGACCCAGAAGGACUACUCGGUGGACGUGUGGUCCGGCAACCAUCCCUUCUACCUCGGCAACCGCUCGGCGCUCCUCAUCGACGCCGACCAGGUCGAGAAGUUCCGCAAGAGGUAUGGAGACAUCGCGCAGAUCAUGGACAUCCCCGUGCUCAAGGGGGAGAUUGUGCUUCCUUCAAAGCGCAAAGCCAUUUCGGUCAAAGGGGGCAAGAAGAAGUAGACGGAGGAAAAAUUGGUGUGGAAUUUGGGGGUUUCGGACUAUUUUUAAGCGUUUCCUGACAUUGGGAAAAUUGGGUUUGUUGGUAUGUAUUGUCCUAUAACGAAAUGCAUAUUAUCUGUUUGUGGAAACGUCUGUUAUGAAUAUGAAGCAUAAAAUUCGAUA